AUGCAGCUGCUGCCCGCGCUGCACUCCUGCCUGGCGGGGGACCCGGCGGCCGAGCUGCUGCCGGAGCGACCAGGGUCGGAGCCCUGCCCUUCGCUUCGCGGCGCGCCGGGUACGUCGCGGGAGCACGAGUUCUUCGAGGUUCCAGGAGGAGAGGGCGGUUGUCGGCGGGGCAAAUACAGGCACCUCUACCUUCAGGACGCUCAACAGGUGACAGAGGCGCCGGAGGCCCCCAGGGUGCCUGAGUUUACCUGUCAGGUGGCAGGCUGCUGCCAGGUGUUUGACAGCCUGGAGGACUAUGAGCACCACUACCACACUCUGCACAGAAACGUCUGCUCCUUCUGCAGACGGGCCUUCCCCUCAGUGCACCUGCUGGACGUCCACAUCCUGGAGUGGCAUGACUCACUGUUUCAGAUCCUGUCCGAAAGGCAGGACAUGUAUCAGUGCCUGGUGGAAGGCUGUGCAGAGAAGUUCAAGACCAGCAAAGACAGGAAAGAUCACCUGGUGAGAUGUCACCUCUACCCUGCGGACUUCCGAUUUGAUAAGCCAAAGAAAAGCAGAGGCCCAGCCACACCCGGGGCCGCUGUACGAGCGUCCGCAGAAGCUCCGAGGGAUGACGGGGAGCAAUCAGGAGGGGAUGCCAUGGAAGUCUGCUCUGAACACGCGGCCUCCCUCCCAGAGCCUGUGGGCGAGCGGCGGACCUCCAGCCACAGAAUACCUUCUACCAUCUGUUUCGGUCAAGGUGCAUCACGAGGAUUUAAAAGCACCAAGAAAAAAAAGGGACACCAGUGACAACGUGGACGGAGAGCCACAGAACUCUGAGCUGACUCUGAGCGAGCGGUGGCCUUUCGCAGGAUGGGGCGUCAGUGUUGCACUUUCUCUCGCGUUCUGGCGCGGCCGCCCUCAGACUCAGGCCUUUGCCACCCUCCAUCUCAGCCCAGCUCCGUGUCGCUGAACAACUGUGUGACAGCAGAAGCAGUGACAGACCCACGGAUUCCCGACACAUGCUCUGGUGAAUGAAAUGGCCCGCCAUGCCACCUCCCUGUGCAGGGCC